ACCACAUCCCUUCAAAUACGAGAGAGAGACACCUUCUCUUUUCGCAAGAACUCUUCCAAGAUGACUUUUCCAGAGCUGGAAGAGGCAAAAACCAAUCUCGAGAAACCACCCAUCUGCGUUCUCGACGCUUCUUCUUACGUGGGUUUCCAUAUUCUUGAAGAGCUCUUGCAUAGAGGCUACAAUGUUCAUGCAGCUGUACAAAGCAAUGGAAAGGGAGAGGUGGUGAGGAGAAUAGAAGAGAUGAGUGGUUUGGAUGAGAGAUUGGUGGUGUUUGGUGUGGAUUUUUUGGAUUAUCAUAGCAUUCUUGUAGCUUUGAAGAGUUGCUGUGCUUUGUUUUGUUGCUUGGAUUCUUCCGAUGGAUAUGAUGAAGGAAUGGUGGAUAUGGAAGUGAGAGGAGUGAUUAAUGUGGUGGAGGCGUGCGCACAGACAGAUAGUGUACAGAAGAUGGUGUUCACCUCAUCUUUAACGGCAGGGAUUUGGAGAGAGAAUAUAUGCUUGGAGAAGGAUGUGGAUGAACGGUCUUGGAGUGAUGCUGAAUUCUGCCGGAAAAUGAAGUUAUGGUACGCGCUAGCAAAAACACAAUCCGAGCGGGCUGCAUGGGCUCUAGCCAUGGAUCGAAUGGUCAACAUGGUUUCCAUCAACGCGGCUCUAGUUCUUGGACCGUGCGUCGUCCACCAAAAUCCCACAUCGACCAUGUCCUAUCUCAAAGGUGCAGCUCAAAUGUGUGAAAGGGGAGUUCUAGCCAUUGUAGAUGUGAACUUCCUUGUCGAUUGUCAUAUUCGGGCCUUCGAGAAUCGGUCCGCAUGCGGCCGAUUUUUCUGCUACAAUCAGGUCAUGAGGACGGACGAAGAUGCGAUAAAACUUGCGGAGAGCUUGAGCCCAUUGAUUUCAAUGCCCGCGAGGUAUGAAUGCAAGGCGGUCGUCUACGAAGAGAGAUUGAGGAAGGAGAAGUUGAAUAGAUUGAUAGAAGGUGCUGCCUAAUCAUGUCUUCCUCCACUUCUUUCAUUGUUUUUGUCAUAUCCACUGUAGUUUUCGUUGUGGUUGUUACAGAUGUCGUUAUGCGUAUUGUUGAAACUGGGCUGGACCGAGCCCAGUCCAGCUCCAUAACACAUUGGGCUGGACUUAGGCCUGCA